AGCUGCCUCCUGCACAUCCUCUACUGGGGAUAUGCCCACAACCAAGGUCCAUGCCCUUGACUGGAAUUGAAUCUGAGACCCCUCUAUCUGCAGGCCAGUGCUCUAUCCACUGAGCCAAACCGGUAAGGUCUGAAUGGCACACAUUUCUUAGCACAAUCUGACCCAAAAUUCUAGACCAUCGUCAGAGGGGACAUGUGGACAUCAUCAGAACUCACUGGUGACUACUCUGUGCUGGCAGAAUUUUUGUAAAACACAGUGAGAUGCCACCUAACACCUUCCAGAACCACUUGUUUUUAAGAAAAAGUGUUCACAAGUAGGUGGAGAAGUCACCCUUGUGCACAGACAGUGGGGCAGUCCCUGUGGCAAACAGUCUGGUGGUUCCUCAAGAAAUGACACAAUCCCCACAGGACCCUGCACUCCUGCUUCCAGGUGGAUGGACACCCGAGUGAACUGAGGACGGACUCAGCUCCCGCACAGCACGGCCACCGCAGCAUGUUCACAACGGCCCAGCGGAGCAGCCUGUCUCAGCGGGUAAACACCAUGAGGUCCGUCCAGAAGGUGGACUACUUAUUAUUCAGGCUUAAAAAGGAAGGACAUUCUGACACCUGCUACUACAUGGAUGAACCUUGAGGACAUGCUCAGUGACAAGUCACAAAAGGCUGUUGGCUGCCUGAAUCUCGGAUGAAGGUAGGAAAGUGUGCCCUACCCAGGAUGGGCCCUUAUUUCUGGGGCUCAUGCAGUCAGAGGGACCGUUACCCAGGGUGGGAUGAGGCCCAGUGGGACCGAAGGCCCAGUGGGACCAAGGACCAUGGCAGGUGGAGUGUUCCCUGGCAUGACAGUGGCCUCAGGCAGGGAGGGAACCAGAAUCCAGGGCCCUUGGGGGUGCUCCCUAUCCUGGGGUGCCUGGCCAGGUGACGGGAUGAGAUACCUUGUCACCUGGAAUUCAGUUUUCAUUACAGUCAUCUCAAAUUUCAGUCCUUAUUGCUGGCGGGCACUUGCAUGUUUGCUUAUCUAAGGGAAUCUUCUUCCUUGCCCUUCUAACACUGGCUCCCCAAGAAAGUGUGUUAGUGUGUGAGACGAUCAGCCACGAGAGCUGGAAUGUUCUGUGCUGGGAGGCUGUUCUGCAUCCAGGAGGGUCUGGGAGACACCCCCAUUUUCUCAGUCCUCCACCCACACCUAUCCUGGAUGAGAGCCACACGCAGUGCUGCUGGCCCUGAUUCAUCCAGCAUUUUCUGAACACCUGCUGUGUGCCAGGAGCACAAGGACCCUGGGUCAUUUGAGGUGGGGAGGCCCAGAGAACCCAAGCUUGGGGAUUGGUAGGUGGCAGGGAGUUAUAGAAAGUUCUGGAGCAGUGGACAGUGAUAUAACCCAGUGUCUCUCUGAACAGUUAGUCAAGCACCGUGUUGGCAGUUGUGAUGGAGUCAAGGUGGGCAGAGUGAACUUGAAUGGGGUGGGGACGGCUCUGCAUCUUUCUGGGUGACCAGAGGGAACCUCUUUCAGAGCCGUGGCAUCUGGCACUGGGUCUUGGAGAGUGAGGAGUUCUCUGGUUUCGGUUGCCUGCCCACAGCCAGGGAACAUGAGAUCUGUCUUCCAGAUCCCCAUCAGACACACCUGUCUGACUUCCCCAGGGCGCACACCACGGCAAAGCACGCUCCGGGGGGCUGGUAUGGACAGACACCACUUUUUGGAGGCGGGAGGUGCUGCUGUGUUUCCCUGAAUGAACAAUGGGCCACCACUCUCCCGGGUUGGAGGGGAAUCUUGGAGUGGAACAGGGGUAAGUAUGGGGAUAAUUUUUUACCAAAAUCUCUCCCUGGUGCCAGCCUCCAUCUCCUCCCCUGGCACAGAAAGGGGAAGAACAGUGGUUAUUUCCAGCACCCAUGCCUUGUGGCCAUUUGAGCUUUUGUGUCCCAGCCUGGGAAGUGGGUCCAAUCCUCCCUAGUGGUUCGCUGGCAUUGCAGGAGCAGGGAGCGGCCAGGGCGGGGGCAGGACGAUGGAGCCGGGCCGGGAUGGGUGUGGCCUGGGCCGGCUGGGAUCCUGCCUCCUGCGCGUGGCACCAGCCGUUCAGUGCCCGCAGCACCGGUUCCCCACAGCACCAGCCGGUAACUUCGGGAUGGGGUUUGUGCGGGCCCUGUGGCUGGGCCUGGCGUUGGCGCUGGGACCCGUGCCCGCCGGGGGCCACCCGCAGCCGUGCGGCGCCCUGGCGCGCCUGGGGGGCUCCGUGCGCCUGGGCGCCCUCCUGCCCCGCGCACCCGCCGCCCGAGCCCGCGCCCGCACCGCCCUGGCCCGCGCCGUCCUGGAGCACCGGCUACCGCACAACCUGAGCUUGGACCUGGUGGCCGCCGAGACCCCCGCCCGCAACCCCGCCUCGCUGGCCCUGGGCUUGUGCAAGACGCUGGCGGCGCCGGGCGUGGUGGCCGUGCUCGCCUUCCCCGAGGCGCGGCCGGAGCUGCUGCAGCUGCACUUCCUGGCGGCCGCCACCGAGACCCCCGUGCUCAGCCUGCUGCGGCGGGAGGCGCGCGCGCCCCUCGGCGCCCCGAACCCCUUUCAUCUCCAGCUGCACUGGGCCAGCCCCCUGGAGACGCUGCUGGAGGUGCUGGUGUCGGUGCUGCGGGCCCAUGCCUGGGAGGACGUCGGCCUGGUGCUCUGCCGCAUGCGGGACCCGGGGGGCCUGGUGGCGCUCUGGACAAGCCGGGCUGGCAGGGCCCCGAAGCUUGUGCUGGACGUGAGCCGAGCGGACGCCGGCGAUGCGGGGUUGCAGGCCGGCCUUUCCCUCCUGGGGGCGCCAGAGGGAGGCUCAGCCCCGGUACCCGCGGCUGUGCUCCUCGGCUGUGACGUGGCCCGUGCCCGUCGGGUGCUGGAGGCCGUCCCUCCCGGGCCCCGCUGGUUGCUGGGUACGCCGCUGCCUGCGGAGGCCCUGCCCACGGAGGGCCUGCCGCCUGGGCUGCUGGCACUGGGCGAGGUGGCUCGACCCUCCCUGGAGGCCACCAUCCACGACGCGGUGGAGCUGAUGGCGCGGGCGCUGGGCAGCGCGGCCCGCGUGCAGCCGGAGCACAUCCUUCUCCCCGCCACCACCAACUGCGACGACCCGAAGCCAGCCACACUGCGGUCCUCCGGCCACUUCCUGGCACAGUUCCUGAGCAACACGUCCUUCCAGGGCCACACAGGGCCAGUGUGGGUGACGCGCUCCUCCCAGGUGCACGUGUCCCGGCACUUCCAGGUGUGGAGCCUGCGCCAGGACCCGCGGGGCACCCCAGCCUGGGCCACACUGGGCAGCUGGCGGGAGGGGAGGCUGGAGUUGGAGCCAGGGGGUGCUGCCGUGCGGCCCCCAUCCCCGCUGGGGGCCCGGGUCCGGCCUAAGCUGCGUGUGGUGACCCUGGUGGAGCAUCCGUUUGUGUUUGCCCGAGAACCGGACGAGGAUGGGCAGUGCCCAGCAGGACAGUUGUGCCUGGCCCCUGGCACCAACGACUCCGCCACCCUGGACGCACUGUUUGCUGCCCUGGCCAACGGCUCGGUGUCCCGUGCUCUGCGCAAGUGUUGCUAUGGCUACUGCAUUGACCUGCUGGAGCGCCUGGCAGAAGACACGCCCUUUGACUUUGAGCUGUACAUUGUGGGCGAUGGCAAGUACGGCGCCCUGCGGGAUGGCCGCUGGACGGGCCUGGUGGGUGACCUGCUAGCUGGCAGGGCCCACAUGGCAGUCACCAGCUUUAGCAUCAACUCGGCCCGCCUGAAGGUGGUGGACUUCAGCAGCCCCUUCUUCUCCACCAGCCUGGGCAUCAUGGUGCGGGCGAGAGACACGGCCUCGCCCCUCGGGGCCUUUAUGUGGCCGCUGCACUGGUCCAUGUGGCUGGGCGUCUUUGCCGCCCUGCACCUCACCGCGCUCUUCCUCACGCUGUAUGAGUGGUGCAGCCCCUAUGGCCUCACACCCCGCGGCCGGAACCGCGGCACCGUCUUCUCCUACUCCUCGGCCCUCAACCUCUGCUACGCCAUUCUGUUUGGACGCACGGUGUCCAGCAAGACACCCAAGUGCCCCACCGGGCGUCUGCUCAUGAACCUGUGGGCCAUCUUCUGCCUGCUCGUGCUGUCCAGCUACACGGCCAACCUGGCUGCCGUCAUGGUCGGGGACAAGACUUUCGAGGAGCUCUCCGGGAUUCACGACCCCAAGCUGCACCACCCGCCCCAGGGCUUCCGCUUCGGCACUGUGUGGGAGAGCAGCGCAGAGGCCUACAUCAAGAAGAGCUUCCCUGAGAUGCACGCGCACAUGCGGCAGCACAGCAUACCCACAACACCCCACGGCGUUGCCAUGCUCACGAGCGACCCCCCCAAGCUCAAUGCUUUCAUCAUGGACAAGUCGCUCCUGGACUAUGAGGUCUCCAUCGACGCCGACUGCAAACUGCUGACUGUGGGCAAGCCCUUUGCCAUUGAGGGUUAUGGCAUUGGACUCCCUCAGAACUCACCGCUCACCUCCAACCUGUCCGAGUUCAUCAGCCGCUACAAGUCCUCUGGCUUCAUCGAUCUGUUGCAUGACAAGUGGUACAAGAUGGUACCUUGCGGGAAGCGGGUGUUCGCUGUCACAGAGACCCUGCAGAUGGGCAUCUACCACUUCUCCGGUCUCUUUGUGCUGCUUUGCCUGGGCCUGGGUAGUGCCCUGCUCAGCUCUUUGGGGGAGCACAUCUUCUACCACCUGGUGCUGCCCUGUAUCCGGAGGGGUAACAGGUUGCAGUACUGGCUACACACGAGUCAGAGAAUCCACCUCGCCCUCAACACAGAGCCUGUGGAAAAGCAGAAAGAGCCUGAGCCAAGGGAUCUGGAGAAGCAACAAGACAUACCAACUGCCCGCUCAGGCCAGGGCAACUGGACACGGGUGUGCCAGGCCAUGGUGAGGGAGCGUCAUCUGCACCUCCUUCGGGAGCCAACCUUGGCCACUGCUCCAUCAGUAGUGGGCACAGGUGUGGAGGGGAACCAGCCACCUGAGGGUCCCAUCCAGCUCUGCUCCAACGGCCAGCCACCCACCAUGCUGCCCACUGGCGCCCCCCGCCCAGGGGAGCUGGAGGAACUGGAGCAGCACAUUGCGGAUGCACGUUCAAGGCUCCGCCAGGCGCUGGUGCGGCGUGGGGAGCUCCUGGCCCAGCUCCCAGGUGGCAGCUGCGAUGGGCCCCUGUGCCUGCUCUAGGCCUCCAGUGGUCUCCACCUGCUUCAUUGCUGGGAGUUGGCCAUGCCAUACCACACCCAGCCCACUUGGCUUUGCAUGAGGGCGAAUCCUGCAGGAGCUAAUCCCAGAACCUGGUGCAUGCAGACACUGGCUAGGUGCUGUCAACAGACAGUUUAUUCUAUAUACAAACACAAUUUUGUACACUGCAAUUAAAUAGAAUGGAAUGAGCACUCUGCA